AUGACAAGUCAUGCCCACAACGACUCAGGGCUACCUCAUUUCACCCUGACAGGACUCCCAGGGCUGGAGGCCUCCCAGCACUGGAUGUUUGUGCUCCUUGGGGCCCUCUACAUGGUUUCCAUUGCAGGCAAUACCCUUAUCCUUUUCAUUAUCAAGGAGGAGCAGAGCUUGCACCAGCCCAUGUACUACUUCCUGUCCAUGCUGUCAGUUAAUGAUCUGGGUGUGUCAUUGUCCACACUUCCCACGGUGAUGGCCACAUUUUGCUUCCACUUAAAGAAGAUCAGUUUCAAUUCAUGCAUGACUCAAAUGUUCUUCAUUCAUUUCUUCUCUGUCAUGGAGUCUGGGAUCCUGCUGGUGAUGAGUUUUGACCGUUAUGUGGCCAUCUGUAACCCUCUGCACUAUGCCACGGUGCUCACUGAUGCUAAUGUGGUACGUAUGGGCCUGGGUGUUAUUAUUCGCAGUUUCAGUGUGGUUUUCCCACUGCCUUUGCUUUUAAAGAGAUUACCUUUCUGCAAGGCCAAUGUACUCUCCCAUGCCUACUGCCUGCACCCAGACCUGAUUCGACUACCCUGUGGAGACAUCACCAUCAACAAUGUCUUUGGUCUCUUCAUUGUCCUGUCUACUUUUGGCCUGGAUUCAGUACUUAUCCUCAUCUCCUAUGUACUUAUACUUCGUUCCGUACUGGCUAUUGCCUCUCGGGAGGAGAGACUGAAGACACUCAACACAUGUGUGUCACACAUAUGUGCUGUGCUCAUCUUCUAUGUUCCCAUGGUUAGUGUGUCCAUGGUUGUUCGUUUUGGGAAGAAUGCCCCAGAGUAUGUACACACUCUCAUGUCCCUGAUGUAUCUCUUUGUUCCCCCAGUGCUCAACCCUGUCAUAUAUUCCAUUAAAACCAAAGAGAUUCGUCGUAGACUUCACAAGAUACGCAUAGGAAACAAGUGCUGUUCAGGAGACAUGCUGAAAAGUUAA